GGAGAGAGGGACAAUGUCACUUCGCUGUCGGCCAGCCUGCUGCAAGCUGGAGCCUUCUUCUCGUGCUUGUUCGUCUGGCCAUUUACUGCGCGCUACGGUCGCCGAUGGUCCCUCGCCGUAGGAUCGCUCAUCUUCAACAUUGGCGCUGUGCUGCAGCUCUUCUAUCAGCACGGAAUUGUCACCUGGUACAUUGGACGGACGAUAUCAGGCGUUGGCGCAGGUAAAUCCCACCAUCAAAAGACAUCAAGGACACACGCAACAUCAAAGCAGACUAUCAGUCCCUAUCUUGCUGGGCGACGAAUUCUAACCACGACUUGCUGCAACAGGCAUCGCGACCGUCAUCAUCCCCAUGUACUCUGCCGAAAUGGCCCCCAAAGAAAUCCGCGGCCAGCUCGGUAGUCUCUUCCAAUUCUUCUUCACCCUCGGCGUAGCAGUUAGCUACUGGGUCGAUUACGGUGCUGCGCAACAUAUACCCUCGUCGACGAGACAGUGGCGAGUCCCCGUUGCCUUGCAGCUUGUGCCCGGUGGCAUACUGGGACUAGGAAUGUUUGUGACAAAGGAGAGCACGAGAUGGCUUGCUCAGCGGGAUCGCCACGAGGAGGCUUUGGAGUCGUUGAUAUGGGUGCGCGGAGGAGAUAGUAUAGAGGUGCGGAUGGAGUUCCAGCAGAUUUUGGCGGGCAUUGAGGAGGAGGAGCGGCAGACUGCUGGAGUUACGUGGAGGGAAUACUGGUUGCCGGCGAACCGGUAUCGAAUCUUUAUUGCCGUCACUCUUCAGAUUGGCGCCCAAUUGACGGGAAACACACCUUUGGCAUAUUUUUCUCCCCAAGUCUUUCAAGCCGUCGGCGCGGGCCAAAACGCUCUCCUACUUAGCGGUUUCUUCGGCGUGUGCAAGGUCAUCAGCUGUGCAUUCUUUUUAAUCUUCCUCGUGGAGCGCAUAGGUCGACGCUGGUCUCUGCUCGCCGGCUCGUUUCUGAUGGGCACUUAUAUGUUCAUCAUUGCGGUGCUGACGCAGCGAUAUCCUCCCGUGAGCGGAGGGACGCUGACGCCGCCGGCCAUAGCCUCUUUGACGAUGGUUUUUCUAGAAGCGAUGACGUUUAACAUCUCGUGGGGACCUAUACCAUGGCUCUACAUGAGCGAAAUCUUCCCAACGCGCAUCCGCGAAGGAGGCAUCGCCGUCGGCGCCGCAACGCAAUGGCUCUUUGGCUUCACGCUCUCCCAGAUCACGCCCGCGGCCGUCAACAACCUCGGCUACAAGGCCUUUCUCAUGUUUUGCUGCUUCAACUGGGCUCUGGUGCUGUACACGUGGUUCUUCAUCAAAGAGACAAAGGGACUGUCUCUCGAAGAAAUGGAGAUAUUGUUCAACGCAAAACGCACCCCAAUUAGUAUCCUGGCGUAUCGCCAUGAUGAUAAAUCCUCAGACGACGGCGUGUGAUUGGCUGCACGGCGCAACCCUGCCAUUUUAGGUCAUUUUUGCUAGUUUGUCUGCAUUGUGUGAAUUUGGGAGAAACGGGCUGCAUUGGGCUAUUUUUUUCCCGCGCGGUGAUUCAUGACUUGGUAAGCGGGUAAGUAGUGAUGAAUAAUGUUAAACAGAGUGCCCAUUCUUGUCCGAG